UAAAGUCGUCACAGUCGGUGGUAAAAAUGUUCCAGCUGCUGAAAACCAUUCUCUUGAUUUUGGCGAUCUACAGUAAUUUGAUCGCUCAUGCUAUUUCGAGUGAGGAACCGAUUGAAGAAAAAACAAAGUGUGUGUGCACAGAGCUUGUUCGCAAAAUUGAACAUCUUGAGUCGAAAAUCUUGGAGCAACAAGUGGAAAUAAAAACCUUCAUUGAACAUAUAGUGUGGGCUCAACAAAAUCUAGUGCAACUUUUGAACGAGAAUUUCCAACAUAAAGCGUUGUUGUUCAACACUUCAAAUCAUGCAAUGCAAUCACACCGAGAUGAGGAUGAGGAUCACCAGGAACAGUCAAAACAUGUAUUCAACAUUCAACCGAAUGCCAUCCGAUCAUGCUCAGAAGAACCUACGAAAGUAUCCGGAAAAUAUUCAUUACACCUAUUCCAUCAUGAAAAUCCCAUCGAAGUGUAUUGUGAACAAGAAAAGUUUGAAGGUGGAUUAUUAGUCAUCCAGCAGCGCUUCGAUGGUUCUGUGGAUUUCUUCCGCAAUUGGACCGAGUAUAGAAAUGGGUUCGGUGAUGUUGAUGGUGAAUUUUGGCUUGGACUGGAAACGGUACAUCGUCUGACGAAGAACCGAAACUAUGUUCUGAUUAUAGAACUGCAGGAUCUCGGUGGUAAGAACAUUUAUGCCCAAUAUGAUGAAUUUGAGAUUGGCAGCGAAGCUGAAAAGUAUUCCCUAAAACGGCUUGGAAAGUAUAACGGAACGGCUGGCGAUUCACUGUCGAAGCACCACAAAGGAAUGAUGUUUUCGACUAAGGACAAGGAUAACGAUAGAGAUCCCAUAAGGAAUUGCGCGACUUACGUUAUGGGGGCGUGGUGGUAUCGCAGUUGUCUCGAUAGCAAUCUAAAUGGAAAAUACACAGAUGAAAACAAACGAAAAGCUAUUACCUGGUACAGCUUCAAGAAAAGACUUGGAGGUUUUAGGGCUACAAGAAUGAUGAUACGAGAAAAAAAGUCAGUAUGAAUACCAGUUCAACUGGGUUACAUGAAAUAGAUUAUUUAUCCCUUAUUUUAAUUUUAUAAUUCUGUGAAAACGAAAAGCGACAGAAAUUAAGUUUCAAUCGAAUGACCUGCGAAAAAAAAUAUUCACUUUCGUUAAUUAAUUGUAACCUGCUUCCCAGAAUAAAUA